AUGUCUUCCUCUGGUGCAAGCGCGAUCGCUCGCGGGGUGCAAAAACUUUUUAUUGGUAAUUUGCCGUGGACAAUUAGCACAAAAGAGCUGCAAGCUUACUUUUCAAAGUAUGGUCAUGUCCAAUCAUCAAACGUUAUCUAUGACAAGACGACAGGCCUAAGCCGUGGAUACGGAUUUGUUGUUUUCAGCUCCAGAGAUGGAUACAGCAAUGCUACGAAUAAGGCUUAUCAUUCAUUGGAAGGACGAGUACUGGAUAUCCAACUAGCAUCAUCUUAGAAUGUAAAAUAUAGUAUAAUAUACAAAUACAAACAUACAAAUUUGAUAAAA